CCAAGUUCCAAUGUAAAGUGUAAACCAUCUUUACUCUUUCCACACUUUGCUGUCUUGUCUUCCUCUUGCUACUAGUAUUAAUUCUUUCACAAUUUCUCCAUCCUAAACACUCCAUAUCUUGAUCUUGCAUUUGUAGAUCACUUGCUUUUUUCUUGCUCAGAAAGGUUAGAUUUUUCUUAGCCCUCCUAUAUUUACUAUUCACAACGGUCAUAUUUCUUGCUCUCUCUUUUCUAAAGAUGCUAGCUUUGUUUUUGUUCAUUUUACUUGUUUUCAACUCACAAAACCCAGUGUAUUGUAUGAAUGAUGAAGGGUAUGCACUUUUAUCAUUUAAGCAGUCCAUUAGUGAAGACCCAGAAGGGUCACUUACAAACUGGAACACUUCUGAUGAAACCCCUUGUUCUUGGAGUGGUGUUACAUGUAAAGACCAACAGGUUGUAUCUUUAAGUAUUCCAAAGAAGAAACUUAAGGGCUUUCUUUCAUCUUCUCUGGGCUCUCUUUCCCAGCUCAGGCAUGUUAAUUUGAGGAAUAAUAAGUUGUUUGGGAGCUUACCUUUUCAGCUUUUUAGAGCCCAGGGGCUUCAAAGUCUGGUGCUUUAUGGAAAUUCUUUAUCUGGGUCUAUACCAUUUGAUAUUGGGAAGCUUAGUUACCUCCAGACUUUAGAUUUGUCACAUAAUUUUUUUAAUGGGUCAUUACCAGCUUCACUAGUUAAGUGCAAGAGACUGAAAACUCUUGUUCUCAGUCAAAACAACUUUAGUGGCCCUUUGCCUGAUGGGUUUGGGACUAGUUUAGCUGCUCUUGAAAAACUCGAUAUUUCUAUUAAUAGGUUUAGUGGUAAUGUUCCUAGAGAUUUAGGAAAUCUGACGAAAUUGCAAGGAACUGCUGAUCUUUCUCGUAAUUUGUUCAGUGGAUCAAUCCCAGCUAGUCUUGGCAACCUUCCUGAGAAGGUUUACAUAGAUCUUACUUAUAACAAUCUUACUGGUCCAAUACCGCAAACUGGUGCUCUAAUUAAUAGAGGGCCUACUGCUUUCAUUGGAAAUCCUGGGCUUUGUGGACCUCCACUGAAAAAUCAGUGUGAUACAAGUGCAAGUCCACCUUCGUCUAUUCCAUAUUUGCCAAGUGACUUUCCACCACAAUAUGGUGGCAAUGCUGCUGGAAGGGGUGCAAAAAGAAGAGGUCUGAGUAAAGGAUCUAUAAUUGCUAUUGUUGUGAGUGAUGUUAUCGGAAUUUGUCUUGUUGGUUUAUUGUUGUCCUACUGUUAUUCAAAGGUCUGUGGCAUGAGAAAAGGUGAUAAUGGUUAUGGUUCUGAUAAGAAAUGGAAGGGAAAGAGGGAAUGUUUGUGCUUCCGGAAUGAUGAGUCAGAGACCUUAUCAGAAAAUACGGAGCAAUAUGAUCUUGUACCACUAGAUACGCAGUUAGGGUUUGACUUGGAAGAGCUUCUCAAGGCCUCCGCAUUUGUGCUAGGGAAGAGUGGGAUUGGAAUUGUUUAUAAAGUUGUGCUUGAAGAUGGGAGAACCCUUGCUGUAAGAAGGUUAGGCGAAGGAGGCUCUCAAAGGUUUAAGGAAUUUCAAACAGAAGUAAAAGCAAUUGGGAAGCUUCGGCAUUCUAAUAUUGUAAUGCUUAGAGCCUACUAUUGGUCUGUCGACGAGAAGCUGCUCAUAUAUGAUUACAUUCAAAAUGGUAACCUUGCCACAGCAAUUGAUGCUAAGCCAGGACAGGUUUCUUAUACACCUCUCUCGUGGUCUGCUCGAUUGAAAAUAAUGAAAGGAGUUGCCAAAGGAUUGGUGUAUCUGCAUGAAUACAGCCCUAAAAAGUAUGUACAUGGAGACCUGAAGCCGUCUAACAUACUGCUUGGACAGAACAUGGAAGCCCUUAUUUCUGACUUUGGGCUCGGACGGCUUGCUAAUAUAGCUGGGGGAACCCCUACUCUGGAAUCCGAUCGAAUGCCUUUUGAGAAAAUUCAGAAAAAGCAGCAAGACAGUGCACCUCUAGAAGUCAUCAAAGUAAACUCUCCUGUGAAUAUCGAUUCAUGUUAUCAAGCUCCUGAGGCCUUGAAAAUGAUCAAGCCAUCACAGAAGUGGGAUGUUUAUUCAUUUGGGGUUAUCCUACUAGAAAUGAUUACGGGAAGACCACCUAUCGUUCAAGUGGACACCACCACAAUAGAUAUUGUUCAUUGGAUUAGGCUUUGCAUCGAGGAGAAGACCCCGUUUUUAGAAGUUUUAGAUCCAUAUUUAACGCAAGAUGGCGAUAGAGAAGAAGAAAUAAUCGCCGUUCUGAAAAUUGCAAUGGCAUGCAUCCAAAGCAGCCCCGAGAGAAGACCGGCAAUGAGGCACGUCUCCGAUGCAUUGGAAAGAAUAGGUGUUCCAUCUGAAUAAUUGCCUUGGAAAGUAAAGCUGUUUCAUCUGAAUGAACCUUUUUUACACGGCAUGAGAAACAGAUUCAAAUCGAUGAAUCAAGCGUAGGCACCACUAUCUGGCACUAGGAGUCAAUUGAUGACAGAAUUGUAGUACUGAAAGAAGUGUAGAUGAUGGACUUGUGUAGUGAAAAGAUGAUUGUAAUUUGUAGCAUGGAGACAAAAGGGAACAGAGGUUUCGUGAGCUUGUUAGAAGAUGUUGCAGGAGUCUUCUGAGUAUGCUUUUCAUGAGUUUGUUUUACUGUAAAAAUUGUAUUCAUAUUGCUCUUCUCCCAGGCGUUUUUGUGUGCACGUUGUAUCAAUUGUUUAUUGUGCUUCUGUAACAAACAUUUUAGUUCAUGGAAACUUGAAAUAAGAAGAUAAAUGUGAAAAACAUUUAUAUAGUA